UGAACACUGAAAGGGGAGUAAUCCUGCUUCCGCAUUAGGUGUGCGAACAUUAUUUAUCGUGUUUGUUCCGCAUUAUCGAUGAGCAAUGUAUUGAUGACACCUGACGAUGGCGGCCAUAAAGCACACAUUGAACCGUGACCUGUUCCUCCCCAAUGAUGAACGACUGAUAGGUCUGAUAUACGUGUUUAAGGCCCCCAAAAAGAAGAAAGGGAGUUUCCUCUGUGCUGUCCUGAACCAAGCAGAGAGCCCGGUACAAGCCCGCGUGUAUCAGGUGAAGAAAGCCGACAGAGGAGAGUCGUACAAGAAGAAACUGUCAUGGCUGCUCAGAGACCUCAAGAUUGUUGAUGGAAAGAAUGCUAACAAAGAGACAGCUGAAUUUGACCUGAACUUUGAGAAGCUGUACAAAUGGGUGGCCAGUAGUAUUGAUGAGAAGGAGUCCUUCAUUGCCUGCUUGUGGAGGCUGAGUCAGCGAUAUCUGAUACAGAAGCCUGAGUUUGUCAAUGUCCCGCCAGGGCUGCUUGAAGAUAUCACCGCCCCUCAUGACCAGAACCAGAAGUCGGAGGGCGGGGACGACAUCUCCAUCGAGGACGAGGACUACCAGGCGCUCUCCUCCAAGGAAGAGUCGGACCUGGAACUCCUCAUGUCCGAGUGCAAGGUGGCCAUCAGUAACGCAGAGACCUUCACUGACCAGCUCUCCAGGCAGCUGUCCGUCCUAGAUGGGGCCAACAUCCACUCUAUCAUGGGGUCGGAGGACCAAGUGCUGAACCUGAUGCGGCUGCUGGACGAGGGAAUCCAACAGGCUGAGAGGAUAGAGCGCAAGCUGGACUCGUAUGACAACAUACUGCUGAAUGUGAAGGAGCAGAUGGAGGUGAUGCGGGACAAGGACAUGCUGGUGAAGAUCCGGAACAUCAACCAUCAGCAGCUGCUGGAGGAACUGGAGAGAGUGGUGAACCAGCUUGACCUUGACGUAAAGCAUGUGGACGCCUUAGUGAAUGGUGACCUGGCGACACCCAAUGGAAUCUACGAGUGUACAAGGGCAGCACAGGCGUUACUCAAGUGCAUGAAUGCAAACAUACACCCAGCGGUGAGGAGGAUGGCGGCAGUGGAGGAACAACAGAAGAGGUUCAGCAAGCUGUCCGUCAGUUUCUCCAAGCGGGUGGCCCACCACCUCAACAAUCUCUUCAUACACCAGGGUAACGAGUUGGGAGAAACACUGAGUCGUUUCUCGGGGGAGCUGAAGAUGCCAAUCCAUGACACGAUGCAGAGGGAGUUGGUUGUCUAUGCAGACCUGAUGCUGUGGCUGAAGAACACUGACCUCCUUGUGUUUGAGGAACUGACCAAGGUGUACACAGUCAGCAUGAACAAGAUGUACACACGGGAAUUACAAGACUUCCUGGAGAAUGCCAAGCAGAGACUUAUGGGAAAAUCUGAAAAGGGAAGUAAAUACGCCACACUGACCAAGCUGUCUGGGUCCUCCACCAGUCUGGGGAAGAUCUCCGAGCUCCGGGGGAGAUCCUCCUCCAUGCAGAGCGUGGACAGAGCAUCGCUGGGCUCGGACCAGGACCUGGCUCAACGUGGACCCUUUGAACAGACGCUGGAGAAGGUGCUGAGUGAACUGGAGCGGGUGUGUGUAGCGGAGCAGGACUUCUGCUACAAGUUCUUCCAGCUCAUCGAGAAGACGCCAUCAGUGUCAGAUGCAAAGGGGUCCCCCGGGCAGCACAAUGUCAGUGCUGAGGACGACAGUGAGGUGUGGACUCUAAGGAACCCGUCAAAUGUAGCAGAGGAUUACUUUAUGGAGAAUCUAGGGGAGGGGUUGCUGCAGAAACGAUCCACGUCACAAUUGAGGCAGAUUAAUGAUGCAGUGAGAAGCAUGAUGGCGGCCCUGUUCCCCACGCUGGAGUGUGAGCUGGACAACUUCUUCGUCUUCGCUGACCAGAGGGAUGGAUUGAACUCCAUGUACAUGCUGGUGAAGCUGAGCGCCCACGUCAACCACUCACAGGACAUGGGGUCCUUCCUCAGCAAGACCUUCGGCAACUGCCUCGUCAAGGUCAAGCGCAACUUUGACAAGUACAUUCAAGUCCAGAUUCGAGGGGUGGAGGAGACAAAAGUGUCCAAGAAGAACAGAUGUGGGAUCAUCAGCUUUGUACACAACUUUGAGGACUUUGCCAACCUGGCUGAACGGAUCUUCAAGGGCUCAAAUCGCCAUGCGGAUCUGGAGAAGGCUUACGCUAAACUGGUGCAGGUUAUAUUUGAGCAGAUUGUUAGAGUGGCCACAGAACAGCAGAAGAAUCCGAGGGAGGUUGUCAUGAUGGAGAACUUCCACAGAAUGUAUUCCAUCUUGUCCCAGCUGAAGCUGUCCUGUCUGGAGAAUGAGCGGAAGGAUGCCAAGCAGCGUUACUGGGACAACCUGCGGACAUACACCACCACGCUGCUGGGGCGCCCCCUGGAGAAACUACAUAUAUUCUUCGAGGGUGUUGAGAAGCGUGUGGCCAGCGGUGUGAAGCCCGAGGAGGUCGGCUUCCAGCUCGCCUUCAGUAAACAGGAGCUGCGCAAAGUCAUCAAGGAGUACCCUGGGAAGGAGGUGAAGAAGAACCUGGAACACCUCAACAAGAAGGUGGAGAAGCAGCUCAGUGAUGAGGAGCACCUGCUCGAGGUUGUGUGGCGCGAGAUGCAGGACGAGUUCAUCAAGCAGUACAAGCACUAUGACGACCUGAGCAAGAAGUGCUACCCCGACAUGCAGAUCACCCUGGACUUCAGCAUAGACGAUGUGCUCGAGUUCUUCUCCAGUAUAGCCCGCUCACACUAGAUGGGUCACUUCGCUUUAGUCUGUCUGGAGUGGUGGGAUUAUACUGCAGAUCUGUAGUGUGGAUGUUGGCCUCGGUCUGACUACAUGGGUUAACCCUUGCUGGUCUGUGGUGGGAUUAUACUGCAGAUCUGUACUGUGGAUGUUGGCCUCGUUCUGACUAAAUGGGUUAACCCUUGCUGGUCUGUGGUGGGGUUUUACUUCAACUUGAUACUGAGGAUGUUUGCCACAUUCUGACUACAUGGGUUAACCCUUGCUGGUCUGUGGUGGGAUAAUACUUCAGCUCGAUACUGAAGAUGUUUUGUCCAUUCAGACUAUGUCAGUGGGAUUAUACAUCAGCUUGAUACGAAAAUAUGUUUUACUAGUUCAGACUACAUAGGUUAACCCUUACUGGUCUGUGAUGUAGCAUCAUACUGCAGAUCAAUACUGGGAAUAUUUUGCCCAUUUAGAUCAGUCAGUUUAACGCUUACUGGUCUGUCUAGAAUGUUUGGAUUAUACUGCAGGUCGAUGCUUAGAAUGAUUAGCCAAGUCAGGUUACAAGGGUUAACCUUCCCUAGUCUAUCUGGUGCGUAGGUAUUUCAAUACAGGUCUGUGACACAGAUUCUCUUCUUUAUACCUCUGGCACGGUAUAUACGUACAGUGACUGUAUGGGAAGAUUUAGUGGAUAUGCAAUGGAUUAGAUAAAUAAGAAAUGCCCACCAAUUUUUAUAAUGGAUAAAAGGUCCCAAUUAUUUGGGCUUGAAGUAUCCCAUCAAUGACAGGUCUACACAUGGAAGGGCUUUGUGCCUUUCACACAUAGAAAGACUCCAUCAACAGUAACAAUGAGUGAACCAAACCAUUGCUAUGGUUGAAGAUGGAUGUUUUAUGAGUGCUUCCGGUGAAGCCGAUUUUGUACUCAGUAACCAUGGUUCUGUGACUGUCGAUGUGGAAUGUCAACAAGGAAAUACAAAGGAAACCUUGGACAUAGUCACUCUACGAAAUAUGGGGUAGUUGCAGGUUUACAAUAGAACAUUCAGGUCAUGACUUCAAUAAUAAUAAUAAUAUAUUAAAGCACUCCCCAAGUUAUUGUCAACAUUGAUUCUUGUUUUCAUGACAUGGGUAUUUCUUGGUGAACAGGGUUGGAAUAUCACAUGAUACAUUCCAUGAAAUGUUAAACAACAUUGUAAGCUGGACAUACUUGAUGUUCUGAGAAAUAUGUGUCCAAAAAAAACACCAUAUUAUGUUUUUAAGGACUGAGUGAGUAUGGUUUUACGCCGCUUUUAGCAAUAUUCCAGCAAUAUCUUGGCGGUGGACACCAGAAAUGGGCUUCACAAAUUGUACCCAUGUCGGGAAUCGAACCCGGGUGAUGAGGGAACCACUAGGCUACCCCACCGCUCUGUGUUUUCAAGGAAAACUCGCAGGGCACAUCAAGAAUAGUAAAUGGUGGGUCCUUAAAACAACUGUGUAGUUGUACCCACCACACCCACACAAUGUCACAUGUGCUCAUCAGCUAGUGCUUGUUUCUGUGUUUUGCAAAAUUUUCAGUCACAUUUUUGUAACGUGCAAUAUUUUCUGGUGAAUGGCUUAUCAGUUACUUUAUCAUUUAUAAGAAAAUUCAUGUAAACAUAUACACACUGUUUAAUAAGAAUGCUGUAAAUACACCUGUUUAUAUAUUGUAUCAAAAUAUGUUCAUAUGAAAGCUUAAUAAAUAUUUACUAUUC